UUUUGGCCGACAUUCUCCAAAUACAGUUUUCUGUUACUAAAACUCCAAUAUGUUAUGAACAGAGUGGACUACGUUUUGUAGACCUUAGCKUUUACAAAAUUAAAAAAGAAAUUGCGCUGUUUAGGAGUGCAAGGGCAAAUUUAGUUAUUGUACAUCCGCACUUCCCAGAGUAGGCGUUCCCUAACGGAAAUAUGCGGUUAUUUGCUAGCACGCGCCAAUAGUCUAUCACUAGCGCGUGCUUGUUAUUUCCCUCCUCUUUGCUUGUUCUACCCACGAUGACUCAUUUGUUCCCAUUGGAAACGACAAGCUGUGGUCUCUUGGUUUAGUUAUAAAAAUCUUUGUUACAAGUUAACCGAGUUAUUUUAGCUACGGCGGAAAAUGGCUGCGCGGCACAGCAACUGAAAUGAAUCGGCUAUUUUAAAACAUUACAAACUAGAAAYGUGUAUUUUCACAAAAAAUCAUUCACUAGCUAGCUAUGUUUACAAAAAUGGUUUUACUGUUCCUCCUAUCACGCGUAAUGUGCAGUGCUUCCCGCAACCGUUGAUGAGAUGACCUACUCAUCAGCCAAUGGGUACGACCCAUGAGUUUUCAAAAGAUGGGCGUUCCGGUGGGUAACCAAAGAUUAGGUAUUAUUUUGAYAAGACGGUAGCGUGACRGCUCUAACAUUGGAAAUACAUGUCCUCAAAAUGGAAGGCAGUCAGGACCAUCUCUAGCCAAUGAGCAACAUGGUCUGAGAGCAUGUCGGAUUAUUCUGUAGGGCAAGGAUGGUGUCUGUAUCCCAGUUACCUGGUGAGCCUCAUAGGAGGCUCCUUCCAUUGUUCCUGGGACAGAGGUACAGGAAUGUGUCCUUUGUAUUGGACACCUCAGAGGCCAUSAGCACUGCUCUGGGGUCAGUGAAGCGCCUGCUCAUCCAGACCCUGCUGAACAAGGCAUCCCUCAGAGACUCGCUCUUCAACAUCAUAGGCUUCUCAUACAAGGUAACCCGUUGGUCUGAGCACAUGGUGCCCUGUGCUCCAGACACUGUCUACGAGGCUCUAUCCUGGAUUCACUCCCUCAGCUCCAGCCCAGGUAGGGACCUCCUGGCUGCCCUGAGUACAGCCUUCAGCGACCCAGCCUGCCAUGCCGUCCACCUGGUCACCACCGGUCUCCCUGACCACCCAGAGGAACUCCUCCGGGCCCUGUCAACCAUGGCAGGGGAGAGGCCAGUCCAUGUGUUCCACCUGUCGCUAUCUAACCCCAGCAGCAGCAGCUCUCUGGARGGCAGGACUCAGGACUUCAUGCAGUGUCUGACUCACGCCACAAGAGGGAACUGUUAUGUUCUCCCUGUCGGGAUGGAUGGGGAAGUUGAGCAGGUGAUUCCAUUGUACACUGCUGAGAGCCAGCCCUCAGUGCCGACCUGUUCUCCAGUGAAGUCCUGCAGUCAGUCCCCUUCUGUUGUUCCACUGCAGCCUUUACUGCCCUUAUCUCCUCUCAGGUGUAUGCUUGGUAAUCCCUUCUGUCCAGUUAGUAGCUGUGUGUUGUCAGGGAGGGCCCUGUCCCUAUGCAGCACAGAGUUUCUCCCAGGCUGCCGUGUGUUGGCCAGGAGGGAGCUGGAUYGCCUUUACUACUUGGGCACUGUAACGCAGCUAGUCCAGGGUCGAAGAGGAGUGUACGUGGUUGAGUUUGACAGGCCGGGGACGAGGAGACCCGAAGGGGGAGACGGUCYCGCUAUGAGGAUGUCCCAGCAACAGCAGCUAGUCUGCUCUCCAGACAUGCUGAACCACACUCAGGCCCACACACACUGUCUGGUCCCUGGGGAUGCGGUGUUGUCCCCGUGGGAACCUGACCUGAGGAGAUACGGUCCGGGGAGAGUGGUCUCCGGAAUGGAGACACGAGAUUCAGUGACAGUAGAGAGUGGGAAGGGGCUCCAGGUGCUGCUGUGGAAUGGUAGGCUGAUGCAGGUGCCUGGGGAUCUAGCUGUGUGGAUCCCGGCUUCUCAGCAUGAACGGAUCGUCAGGGAGCUCCAGCGAAUUCCUCUGCCGCCAUGCUGCAAUGACAAUUUGCUCCACGUCCACAGCYCCAUGUGGCCUCCCUAUCUGUACUGCACUGGAACACAGUGCUGUCKAUCAGCAGGUGGACCAUGCCAUUGUCCAAUCAUGCAGCCAUGGUGGCCACUGAGAGUUCCGCCUACUCAUGUGCAUGGCCUGAGAGAGAGGGAGGGGCUAGAGAGGAAAAAGCGGCAAGACAGGGCAGAGCUAGAGAAGAAGGUGGACCUCCAGUUGGGUGAGCUCAAGGAAACUAAAGAGGUCGAACCUGAGACAUCAUCUUCGUCCUCUUCAUCCCUGUCGGGUGAUGAGGAAGCAGGGGCCAUAGGGGAAAAGUCUGUCAGCCCAUUGGCUAGCACAGAGCCCUCUCCCCUGGACAAGCUGGGGCCAGAACACGGCCGACCUGACUGGAGGUACUGGAGGAGAAGCCAUCCAGAGCCACAGCACAGACAACCAGAGAAAGUACCAAGGGGAAAAUUCCAGUCUAUGAAAAUCWGCUACCCUGACGUCGAGAUCAGUGGCUCACCCAAUCACAGCUCCAUGUUUCAGCCACUUCCUGGCUGUGAGAGGAGGGUGACCAUCAGGGAUGUGUUUGGCCUGACAGACUCCAAACCUCGUCCAAAAACGAGACUACAGUUAACCGCUGGCAACACGAUCACAGGUGUUUAUACAUGAUGGUUUUGACUAUUGAAGAUGAAUCUUGUGGGGUCUUAAAAAUACCCACACCAGUAGAAAUACARAUUUUCGAGCUGAAAGACAAUGGGCAGAGCUUACCCAUGAUGUUGCGCAACAGUGUAAGUCACUAAGWCAUAGUUUUAGUCAAAGUAUGAUAUAUUUGGGCUUGAAGUGCCAGAUCCAAACGUGUGAUUUCGGAUGUUUCCGUGAGUKUUACGUGUCUUUUCCUAUGGAGAUGACGUGCAAAUUACUUCCAGCCUACGUUUCAUUUCAGGGCUGYGUUUUAAUUAAACAUUACCACCCACCAGCAUGGCAAUAUCUAUUAAUCAGAAACACCUGCUGCAAAGUUUCCUAUUCACGACUUGUCUGAGAGCCAAACAGCUUUUCUUUGUAGCCUACACUUGGUUUUCCACUAGAUAAAGUCAAAAUUGUCUACAUCGUACAAAUUCAUGAAAACAAAAAUGAGCUUUUUGUUCUUUAAGGUUAUGG